AUGUCAGCUGACAUACCCAUGGACAACAACAGCCUGAGAACAUGGCCAGCAGGUUCAUCGUUUUAGCGGGAGGUAGACCUGGGCCAGGUACCACAACAGGAGCCACAUAGCACUGGAACAAAUGACAUGGAUAACCAGGGGACCCACCUGAACCCUCAUGCAGCUGAGCUGGGCUCUAGUCCCCUGUCUCCAUCCCAUUCACUGAGCCAUGAUGCUGUCCUUAGAGAAAAUCCACAGGAGGCUGCCUCAGACAAUAACUCAUCACUACAAACUACACAACAACUAAUGCUACAGAGAGCUCUCCAGCAGGUCAGUAGUGUAUUUAAACCAUACAGUGUAGCCUACUAUUGUAGACAUGUUUGUUUCAAGUUUUGGUCUGAAUUGCUUUUGCUCACUGAUUUGAUGCAUGCACUCUUGCUUACCAGUAGGUGGCAGUAACAUACCAAUUUGCAGUUGUGAUCAAACCUACUUGAGUUGAGGGUACUUUACCCACUUAAACAAAUGUUACUUGCUACACUCUACUUGAAACAGCAUUAUUGAUCAAUGUGUACAUGUAGCACAGUAACCUUCAUUCACACUGGCACUCUCAUGUGAACUGCUUCCCUGCGCUGUUGGCGAUCAGUUGAACAUAGCACUAAUCACACACUCACACACAUACACAGUUAGUGCUGCUGUACUAUUUAUAUAAUAUUCAACUACUCAACCAAGACCACUAUUCACUUUAUUAGCCUACUUAUAAAUAACAUUCAUACUUGACAUAGCACAUUCAUUUACAUUUUUGUCAUUUAGCGAACGCUCUUAUACAGAGCGACUUACAGGAGCAAUUAAGGUUAAGUGCCUUGCUCAAGUGCACAUCGACAGAGUUUUCACCUAGUCAGCUCAGGGAUUGGGACCAGCAACCUUUCAGUUACUGGUCCAACGCUCUUAAAUGCUAGGCGACCUGCCACCCUCAUCAUUUAUACUGUAUAUCCUAUGUGUACAUAUUCUACCACAACCAGGUUUAUUAAUAUGUAUACUACCUGCUGUAUCCUGUGCAUGUGACGAAUAAACGUUAAUUUAUGUUGUGGUAUAACAUAGUGAUGGUAAAGCUGUCAACAGACCCUGCUGUGUGUUGAGUGUUGUCUGUGUCUCCAUCGGUGCAGGGCCCAGGGCAACAGCAGCUAGUUCAACAGCAGGUGGAGCAGCUGCACAGAGUUCUACAAGAGCAGAGCAGACUCCUCUCCCUCAUGGGGCCAGGUGGGUACUGACUGACUGAGAUCAACGUAAAACAACCACCAUCAAAUAGCAAAUGCAAAUUCAUUCAGUGGAGAGGCAUGAAAUAUGUUUACAAAGUAGUAUUUUGUUACAAAGUGCAAAGUUAAUUUUGUCCAUUUAACUGUAUUUGAUGAUCUUCAAAAUAUAUUUAGUACGAAGGGACUUUCCGAAGUGUUGAUAGCUUAGAUAUUGUCAUUUGUUUUUGAGGUUACAAAGAAGAUCAUGUCAGCUCCAAGGCAAUAACACAGUGUUCUGUUGGGUAAUUUAAGAAACUACAUGGAAUUUCAUCUUGUAGCAGCACUAAUCUUUUCAGGCUAAACAGGUUUUUCUGAACUAAUGAACAGCCACAGGUGUGUAUAAGGACCGUAGAAUAAUCUCCAGUGAUAAAUCAGAGACAUGUAAAGCACAUGAAGCUGCUAUACUGUAGGUGGCUUAACCUAACCUAUCCCGCAGCUCAACUUACCCCAUAACUUGGGUAAGUUGUGCAAAGAGACUAUGUUUUCAAAACUGUAAUGCUUACAUAAAUUCUGAUUAUUUCCAGAGAUACACAACAUUCUGCAGUAUAUGUAGAUAUCUUUGUUAGACAGAAUACUAUAUUUCCCUUGACGGAGUGAUGCUGAAUGUACAAAUCGGCUCAACUUACCCCACUCUCCCCGAUCAUUUGAAUACUGUGUGAACAUUGAUUGCUUUUGUGGUCAUAUUAGUCCAUGAGACCCCCAUAUUUGGGUCUGUAGUGCCUUGCGGUCGGAGGCCGAGCAGUUGCCAUACCAGGCGGUGAUGCAACCAGUCAGGAUGCUCUCGAUGGUGCAGCUGUAGAACUUUUUGAGGAUCUGAGGACCCAUGCCAAAUCUUUUCAGUCUCCUGAGGGGGAAUAGGCUUUUUCGUGCCCUCUUCACGACUGUCUUGGUGUGUUUGGACCAUGAUAGUUUGUUGGUGAUGUGGACACCAAGGAACUUGAAGCUCUCAACCUUUUCCACUACAGCCCCGUCGAUGAGAAUGGGGGCGUGCUCAGUCCUCUUUUUUGUCCUGUAGUCCACAAUCAUCUCCUUUGUCUUGGUCACAUUGAGGGAGAGGUUGUUAUCCUGGCACCACAAUGCCAGGUCUCUGACCUCCUCCCUAUAGGCUGUCUCAUCGUUGUCGGUGAUCAGGCCUACCACUGUUGUGUCGUCGGCAAACUUAAUGAUGGUGUUGGAGUCGUGCCUGGCCAUGCAGUCAUAGGUGAACAGGGAGUACAGGAGGGGACAGAGCACGCACCCCUGAGGGUCCCGUGUUGAGGAUCAGCGUGGCAGAUGUGUUGUUACCUACCCUUACCACCUGGGGGCGGCCCGUCAGGAAGUCCAGGAUCCAGUUGGGUAGGGAGGUGUUUAGUCCCAGGAUCCUUAGCUUAGUGAUGAGCUUUGAGGGCACUAUGGUGUUGAACGCUGAGCUGUAGUCAAUGAAUAGCAUUCCACGUAGGUGUUCCUCUUGUCCAGGUGGGAAGGGCAGUGUGGAGUGCAAUAGAGAUUGCAUCAUCUGUGGAUCUGUUGGGGCGGUAUGCAAAUUGGAGUGGGUCUAGGGUUUCUGGGAUAAUGGUGUUGUGAGCCAUGACCAGCCUUUCAAAGCACUUCAUGGCUACAGACGUCAGUGCUACGGGUCGGUAGUCAUUUAGGCAGGUUAUCUUAGUGUCCUUGGGCACGGGGACUAUGGUGGUCUGCUUGAAACAUGUUGGUAUUACAGACUCAGUCAGGGACAUGUUGAAAAUGUCAGUAAAGACACUUGCCAGUUGGUCAGCACAUGGUCCUCUGUAGCUCAGCUGGUAGAGCACAGCGCUUGUAAUGCCAAGGUAGUGGGUUCGAUCCCCGGGACCACCCAUACACACAACAAAAAAAAAUUUAUGCACGCAUGACUGUAAGUCGCUUUGGAUAAAAGCGACUGCUAAAUGGCAUGUUAUUAUUAUUAUAUUAUGCUCGGAGUACACGUCCUGGUAAUCCGUCUGGCCCUGCGGCCUUGUGAAUGUUGACCUGCUUAAAAGUCUUACUCACAUUGGCUACGGAGAGCGUGAUCACAUAGUCAUCCGGAACAGCUGGUGCUCUCGUGCAUGCUUCAGUGUUGCUUGCCUCGAACGAGCAUAAAAGUGGUUUAGCUCGUCUGGUAGGCUUGUGUCACUGGGCAGCUCGCGGCUGUGCUUCCCUUUGUUGUCUGUAAUAGUUUUCAAGCCCUGCCACAUCCGACGAGCGUCAGUGCCGGUGUACUACGAUUCAAUCUUCGUCCUGUACUGACUCUUUGCCUGUUUGAUGGUUCGUCGGAGGGCAUAGCGGGAUUUCUUAUAAGCGUCCGGGUUAGAGUCCCGCUCCUUGAAAACGGCAGCUCUACCCUUUAGCUCAGUGCGGAUGUUGCCUGUAAUCCAUGGCUUCUGGUUGGGGUAUGUUCGUAUGGUCACUUUGGGGACGAUGUCAUCGAUGCACUUAUUGAUGAAGCCAGUGACUGAUGUGGUGUACUCCUCAAUGCUAUCUGAAGAAUCCCGGAACAUGUUCCAGUCUGUGCUAGCAAAACAGUCCUGUAGCUUAGCAUCUGCGUCAUCUGACCACUAGAGUCACUAGUGCUUCCUGCUUUAGUUUUUGCUUAUAAGCAGGAAUCAGGAGGAUAGAGUUAUGGUCAGAUUUGCCAAAUGGAGGGCGAGGGAGAGCUUUGUAUGCGUCUCUGUGUGUGGAGUAAAGGUGGUCUAGUUUUUUUUCCUCUGGUUGCACAUUUAACAUGCUGGUAGAACAUGACUGUAAGUGGCUUUGGAUAAAAGCGUCUGCUAAAUGGCAUAUUAUUAUUAUUAUUAAUAUAAACAGAUUUAAGUUUCCCUGCAUUAAAGCCCCCGGCCACUAGGAGCGCUGUCUCUGGAUGUCGGGCUCACUUGGGCCGAUGGCCCAACAUUUUUUUUUGGAAGGUCUAUGUCCCUAGAGUUGGAAAGUGUGUGAUAGCAGUGGACCAAUGACAGCUCUCUGUGUGUUAGCACUCUUUCUUUCAUUCCUCCAUCCCAUUCAUGUUUCCAUAGGGAUUUUACCCUAUGACAAACAAUGUCAGUAUACAACAAGUUAUUGUUCCCUUAUACCCUUUAAUCAUAUAGAAUUGGAAAGAUUCACAGCUAUCCAUCAGACACCUUUUCAGAAUGUUCAGGUCAACAGAACUUUGACCUUUGACCUCUAGGUUACAGAGAAUUACCUGUAUAAAUUGCUUUAAAAUUUAAACCCUGAUACAUUUUAAACUUUGUUUGACAAGUGGUUCUAAAAGGUAAUGAAAUUAUGUUUCAAAUUAUAUUUAAUAUAACCAAAUUUGAAAGCACCAGCUACAACUAUUGUUUCCAAAAUCGCCCAUAUUGUGCCAUUGACAUUAGAAUUUUGGAAGCUUAGCCAUAGAAGUCCAUGUAAUGGGGCAGCAAUGUUUUUGGAUUGUAACUUUGGUGAUAGAAGCACCACAUUGCACACACAGCUAGAAAAGGGUUUGAAAAAGAUUUGUAGAUACAGGGCCAUCACAGAAUUCACGCAUUAACCCCACAGAAGCCUCUUUCCAAUAUGGCCACCAAACAAGUCAAUGGGAUCUUAUUGGACAAUUUCGCUUGUCCAUACCUGUAUGAAAUAUAAUUGUAGUAUGCCUAAAAAUAUCUUUAAAUGUUCAUAGUGAUGUAGAAUACACAACCAGAUGAGCCAGGUGUGCCAUAUAUAUAAAUAUGUUAAAUUGUUCACAGAAUUGGGAUAAGAAUGUGCCCAAAAAGCUGUCUGAAUCGCAUAUUUUUUUUACAUGGAUUUAUACUAUGUUAUCCUAUUAACUGUUUUCAUAAAACAGAGGACUAGCAUACAUUACAAUGUCAAAUUCCAUAGGAAUGCCAAUACGUUUUCACCAGAUGAUGAGAGCAGCAAGCCAUUACGCGUAGUUACUCUAUAUUAAGCUGUAUUCUUACUAUGGGGUCAUAGCAGAUUGGUCUGUUAAUAGAAUACUAAAAGUAAUAUAAUUGGCCUCAACAAGCCCAACAUUGGAUUUUGCUACAUUGUAAUGGAAUGUACGGGGCAGGUUUAUAGUCCUCAUAAUGAAAACAGCUACUAGGAUAACAUUGUUUAUCAUUUUAAUCAGCUCACAUCCAUGACUAUUCACAUUUACAUAUCCAUUUUACAUGUUUGAAGAUUAUUGAUCAUAACAUCUUCAGAAAUCAGCGAUUCAGACAGCUUUUUGGGCACAUUCUUACCGCAAUUCUGUGAAUAAUUGAACAUCUUUACAUAUCUGGCACACCUGGCUCAUGUGGUUGUGUAUUCUACAUCACUAUGAACAUUUUGGGGCAUACUACAAUUAUAUUUCCUACAGGUAUAGUCAUGUGAAAUUGUCCAAUAAGACCCCAUUGGUUGUUUGGCGGACAUAUUGGAAAAAGGCUUCUGUGGGGUUAAGGCUUUGUAUCUACAAAUCUUUUUAAAACCCUGUUCUAGCUGUGUGUGUGCAAUGUGGUGCCUCCAUCAUCAAAGUUACAAUCCAAAAACAUACUGUAGCUGCCCCAUUACUUUGAAUUCUAUGGUUAAGCUUCCAACAUUCUAAUAUCAAUGGUACAAUAUGGCCAAUUUUGUAAGCAACAGUUGUAGCUGGUGCUUUCAAAGUUGGUUAUAUUAUAUAUAAUUUGAAAGGUAAUUUCAUGACCUUUCAGAACCAGUAGUCAAACAAAGUUUAAAAUGUAUCAGGGUUUCCUUUUUAAAGCCAUUUACACAGGUAAUUCUGAUAUGUACCCUAGAGGUCAAAGUUUUGUUGACCUGAAUAUUCUGAAAAUGUGCCUGAUAGAUAGCUGUGAAUCUAAGCUUUCCAAUUCUAUAUGAUUAAAUGGUAUAAGGGAGCAAUAACAUAUUAUAUACUGACAUUCUUUGUCAUAGGGGUAAAAUCCCUAUGAUAAAUUGGAAAGCUUAGAUUCACAGCUAUCCAUCAGACACAUUUUCAGAAUAUUCAGGUCAACAAAACUUUGACCUCUAGGGUACAUAUCAGAAUGACCUGUGUAAAUGGCUUUAAAAAGGAAACCCUGAUACAUUUUAAACUUUGUUUGACUACUGGUUCUGAAAGGUCAUGAAAUUACCUUUCAAAUUGUAUAUAAUAUAACUAUAUCACUUCAUACCUCUUCAGGAAAAAACUUAGACAGUUAUGUUUAUAUUUUUGAUAAAGCAAUUAAUAAGGUCAAGAAACAACUGUAAAAACAGUUUUACCUCAAGCAAAACUGUUCAAAAUGUAUACAAUAUUUAAAUUAACGUUACUCUUACCUGUUUGUACAGAUUUUUUGCAAUAAUUUGUAACUGACUAUACAGUACUGUAGAUCUGGAAUAAAAUCACAGUUUGUCCCGCAGCGGGGGAGAGGUCACCUUUUGUUCAUCUGUGACUGUGGAACUAUUGGAUCUUCUAUUGCUCAAUAGAAAGGGACAGAAAUUUGACAUGUACACAUCUCUAAACCCUGAGCAGCAGAAACAAUACACCAGUGGGUCCAGCAAACAGUCGAUGUGGGAUAAAACCAUGAGACUGUCAUAGAUCUGAACCGCUAUGGUCUCAGCAUUGUGUAGAUCCUUGAUUCUGACAAUCAACAGAACUAUCCUAGCUAUGGUAGAAGGCAGGAAACACACAGAGAAGACCAAGACAACUGAGGUGACCAGAAACACUGCUCGACGCAGCUUGGUCUUCUUCCCUACUGUCUUCUUUUUGAGUCUGUUGACAAUGUGGACCGUGCAGUAGACCAACACAAAGAAAGGGAUGAGAAUCUGGGUGAAAAACACAACCUCUCUCAGAGUGUCAGUGACAUCCUCGACCAGAGUGUCAUUUUUACGCCCAUAACUGUUACAGCACUCAGAGGUCUUCAGCAUGGUGGGGAUAGUCAGGGGGAGCAGUAGUAGCCAGAUGAUGACAGAGAUAUGAGGAGACUUUUUGAAAGUCUUGACAAAGUUCUUUUUCCAAGGAUGAACCACAUUGAAGUAACGAUCGAUGGACAGCACAGUCAAGAAGGCGAUGCUGGCCCCUCGGUACAAAAUCAACAUGAAGAGCACGGCCUUACAGACCAGGUUGUUCUCACUUUGGCUUAGUCCAUGCUGGAAGUGAUAGGCUUUGGCUGGCAAGCAUAUCACCAGCAGAAGAUCUGCCACCACAAUAUUGAAAAGGAAGAUGCUGUUGGUUUUCCAGAAUUUGAAUUUGAAGAGGAAGAUGUAGAGCACUGACAGGUUGAGAGGCAAGGCCAGAGUGAAUUCCACGAUCAUCACUGAAGAGAAGACUUUGUAUAUCAUCUGAUUCCCCUCGUUGCAGUGAUCGAACUCAGUGUUUGAGGAUGUGUUCUGAAGAUGGACCGCAUCCAUUGUUCUUCAGCCAGAACUACAGAACUCGGCAAGACCAGCCUUUUCCCCUUUUGAAUAAAGAUAAAUAAUGUUUCUCUUUCUGUGUCCACCACAGGAGCAUGAAUAAAAAUGUAAGGACUCUACGUGCAAACUCUUGGUUUUAUCUCAUAUCCACAGGAACAGAAAAUCAGGUGGUGUGGCUUAAGGCUUUAUCCAUACGAACAGAAGCAGGCAUGAAUCUAUAUCUUGGUUUGAUCUAAAAACAUUCAUGACACGGCAAGCCCCAUAAAGACUAUAGACAGUGUGACAGACUGGCCGAUACCUUGUCAUCUAAACGGCAUAAAAGAGGAACUGAGAAAUAAAGUUAAAAGUACUUCCUUUAUUCAAGAAACUGCAGACUUACAAAUUAAGCACACAUGGCUGGUUGCUAAAACAAAUGUCUCUUCCACACAGUCAGGAAACACAGGCCCCGAUUACACAUUGAAGGCACCUGUGCCGAUUAGCCACUCCCACCAAUUAGGCAAUACAAUGAGCAAUGCAAUACAACAGGAAAUGGUUGGAGAUGAUAGAAAGCGCAGGUUAUAGAUUAAAUGAAUCGAUACAGAAAAAAAACAUUGCAUCACAAUAAGCUAUAGUUUAAAAUGGCAAUAAAUUCUUUGAAUCCAUAUAUUUAAAAAUAGUAAUUUAGUCCAUAGUGGAGGCUCUCCUUCACACAUAGUUUAUAUGGAAAUGUGAUUAUCCGAUGAAAUGACCAAUGUAGAUAUUUCAUAAAAAGAGCAGAUGUCAAUGUCCUGCCUUAAACUGUCAAGGAAUGUAACCUAAAUAUUUCAGUUGAGUGCAUUUACUUACAGAGCUAAAGGCACCGGGCCAAGUUACUAAAAAUACAAUUUUGUGAGAUGCUCAUCAGUUACUUAUUUAAUUCCACAGUGAAAAGCAAUACAAGCACAUUUUUUGUUUUAUUAAUGAUUGUUUAUUAAAUUAUGUUUAUUUACAUUAUUGAAGUAGUGUUUUGUACCAUGCAAUGUUUUACAGUUCUAUUUAGUUAAAGGCUUUGACAAUUAAUGUUUUUUUGUUCUCUUUUUUUAUAAAGAAAAAGUGCUGUGUUGACUAAAGGAGGAGCUCUUGGGGGAUGCUUCCUUGUAACAACAAGACCUAGUAUUUUCCUCAGUCUCUUAGGAAUUUAACCUUUUAAAUCCUCCACCUGAAGUCCAUCUCUGUUUCUCAUCAGCAGGACAGCUGUUAUCCCCCUCUCUCUCUGCCCAGUGGCUGGGCCUGAUCCCUGCUCUGGCUGCUGGAGUAGAUACCUCUUCUCUCUCUGCCAACCCACAGAGGUCCAAUCAGAGAUCAAACGUUUAUGCUUCACCUCCCGCAGGAGAUGGAUGGCUGCCUAAGGCGGGUCCUGUUCUGACACAUUCACUCCAUGGUAAGAAGUAUGGAUGACCACGUCUGCAGUAUAGCUCCCUCCUAUAGCUCAGUUGGUAGAGCAUGGUGCUUGCAACGACAGGGUUGUGGGUUCGAUUCCCACGGGGGGCCAGUAUUAAAAAUGUAUGCACUCACUAACUGUAAGUCGCUCUGGAUAAGAGCGUCUGCUAAAUGACUAAAAUGUAAAAAUUUUAAUGUAUAUGGUAUAAUAACAGAAGCUCAGAAAAUAUUUUGAUAAACUUCAAAUAAUAAAAUCAUAAAGGAGAGGUAUGUACAAUUAGAAGAAAAAAAACUCUCACACUAUAAAAAAAGUAUAAACAUUGGCCUCAUCAAGAGUAGUAGUAGUAGUACUGCAGUAACACAUAAAUAAACAUAACUUAAGAGGAAUAUUUAUUUGACCCAGACAAUUAGCAACAACAGUGUCAUUAUGAGUUGUUUAACAUGAUGACAUCACUGGUUAAAGAAACCAGAUGACGAUAUAUAAACAAGUAGUGAAUCACAGUCUGGUUUAGCAAACUAACAUGAAUGGCUCAUCAUGAGAACAAACAGUAGUAAUGCAGUCAUAAACUGUAAUUUUAAUUUCCAAUUUUUUUGAAAAUAAGUAUUUUACCUACUAUGCUGCAUUACAUUGUUGCUGCAUUUUGGAUUUGAGUUGUUUCCUACCGAGUUUGUGCUUUCACCUAAUUUUAGACAGGGGCAAUAUGUUGUCAGGUAGAGAGAGGCUUUUGAACUUAGUGCUGCUAGCAGUACACGAUUGGGUCCACUAGACAAUCCAUGUAGGAUAAAUCCAUGAGACUGUCAAAUACUUGAACAACUAUAUAUUCUGCUCUGGGUAAAUUCUCAACUCUCACAAUCAACAGAACCAUUCUAGCUAUGGUACAAGGCAGGAAAUAGAAAGAGAAGACCAAGACAACUGAGGUGACCAGAAACACUGCUCGACGCAGCUUGGUCUUCUUCCCUACUGUCUUCUUUUUGAGUCUGUUGACAAUGUGGACCGUGCAGUAGACCAACACAAAGAAAGGGAUGAGAAUCUGGGUGAAAAACACAACCUCUCUCAGAGUGUCAGUGACGUCCUCGACCAGAGUGUCAUUUUUACGCCCAUAACUGUUACAGCACUCAGAGGUCUUCAGCAUGGUGGGGAUAGUCAGGGGGAGCAGUAGUAGCCAGAUGAUGACAGAGAUAUGAGGAGACUUUUUGAAAGUCUUGGCAAAGUUCUUUUUCCAAGGAUGAACCACAUUGAAGUAACGAUCAACUGAAAUCACAGUCAGGAAGGCGAUACUGGCACCUCGGUUCAGAAACAGCAUGAAGAGCAUGGCUUUGCAGGUUCCUCCCUCUGUACUCCGCCGCUCCCCUUGUUGCUGUUAGAUUUCCAGAACUUCAUCUUGAAUAUUGAAAGAUAAAGCACUGAGAGGUUUAGCGGCAGAGCCAAGAAGAAUUCCACAAUCAUCAUUGAGGCGUAGAAAUUACACAGUGGUAGAUUAUCUGCUGUGCAGUUCUUACUCUGCUGAUCAUCCUCCAUAAUAUGCAUUGUCAAAAUCUGUCCUCUUGACAGUCAGACUGUCAGAAGAAGGAACAGUCCUCCAAAGUACUCAGCUCCAAAGAUGUCCUUACUUUACACGAAAAGCAGGUCUGUUUGACGGUAGCCAAGCAAGCUCCUAAUCCGUGUGUAGACUCUGUGUGUAGACUAGAGAGCUAAAAUGUAAAACUACAGGCAAUUCUUAGCUGGAAGUCGUAGAAUAUCUCAGAGGAGCUGGGAAUGUAAAAAAUUCUACAAAAGGGUUGUGAUAUUUUCAAGAAGGAGAUUGUAUCCUAGGGAUAGAUUUACUAGCAGAAAAAACUGUGCAUGUUGUUUUUACCACAUUUCCCCCAGAAAUAUAUAAAUUAACAAGUGAGCUAGAGUUUGGCGUCCUGAGGGACGUGUACUUUUUUUGGUGUGCUACCCACAAGCCUUAAACUCAUUCUGCAGUUUAGUAUCCAGUUCAGACAAGUCUGAGAUGACAGACUGAUUUUCCAGGGUAUUGUUUUCAAAGCCAUAUGAAGGACAUUACCUAUUUCAACCUAUUCUAAGUGUUUCCGAUUAUAUUGCAAAUCCAUCAUCAGUUGCUUAUUGAUAGAUCUACAUGAUUAUAGAAAAACAGGAAUAAAUUAACUUAUUUAAAUAGCCAGGAGUGUUUUGUCAAAACUGGCUCCAGAACUGGUUCCAGAACUCCAGUAUAAUUAUCACAACCCUUUAAUGUAAGAAGGCGUUUAGAAUUGUUGCUCGGUUCUGUUUAUCUUCAUUUCGCACUGUAAAAUGUAUUCUGUUGAGUACAUUAAUUCUCAUUUACAUAACAAGGUUUACCCAGAAGUCAAUACUGAACUUUAUCCACUUUUUUUUAUUAAUACAGAAUUUAAAUUGUAUUGAUAUGUGAUUUAUCUUAUCAUGUGAAUUAUAGAGAGCAUUCUUCCAAAUAAAGACAAAGUAGAGCAGAGGAACCUCUCUCCUAUCAAAGAGGAAGCAGCAGAACAGGGGGAAGACAAAGAGGACUGUACUGUCAGCCCAUUUGGGAAACGUAGACAGCCACCCGGAAACCCAGAGGACAGGUACUGUAAUGAUAUUUCAAUUAAUCAACAUUUAUCACCUUUUACUGUCAGCUAAUGAUAGUGAAGAAUCCACAAGUUAGUUGUGGUCAUUUGAUAUUGCAUACCAUUUUUCUAUACGUUAACUGAACUGUCACACUAUUGAAGACCCAUUAGGCCUGCUGUCAAAGAGAGAGAGAAAACGUUUCAGGAAUUUGUGGAGGAACAUCUGAAAGUGGAUGAAGAUAUACAGCAAAACGACAAGCGGGUAUGGAGAGCAUAGAGGAUUUGCAUAUGGCCUAUUUUCAGAGUAGUUCACGCCCUGACCAUUAUACAUAAUCUAUUCAUUACACUUUGUACUCAUGUCAUCUAAAAUAAGAUAUCUACUGUAUCUAAGCAGCUGGUUCUCUUUCAGGACAGCAGGGAGGCCAGGAGAGUCGCAGAGAGGAGGUACUUCCUGAAGAAAGGGGAGGGCGUGUCCAGGAUAGAGAGGGGUAAGGACAGUGUGCAGCAGAAGACCCGGCGAAGGGCCUUCCUCUCCCUCAGCCAGCAGCCCAGGAAGGUGAGUUGUGGCAACCAGCAGAGGCGCUCAUCAGCCCCCUCCCUGCAGCUCAGUGACAGGACCAGACCCAGGGUCAAGCCUUUACUGAUCUCCCAGAGGAGCUGCCCUGCCCUGACUGAGUCCUGGGAAAAGACAACAGGACCUGCCACACGAGAGAGAGACAACAGAGUUAAUCAAACGGCCAGACAGGAGAUUGCACCGAAGCCCAGAGAAAAUACUCAAAGCAAGGCCACUGAAAACACUGCAUCUAGUGUUGAUACUAGAGAGAGGAGAGAUCUGUUGGGUGUUACAGCAUCCCGUAAACGGCUUGUGACAUCGCCGUGUGUGACCUCCGUGGAGCUAAGUGAUGAGGUGGUGUCACAGAAUCAUGUGUAUGCUGCUAUGAGGGACCUUGUCCAUAAACAAGUUGAGGUGAAGGAGCCACAUUUGGCACUGCAGCCUUUUGAUAGUGCCCCUACACAGCCAAACAAUAUGGGCCAACCUAAGGUCAAAGCUCAGGCAGUAAGUGUUGGCUUCAAGACAGUCAACGACCACAUAGUUAGAGUCACUGACAAUGGGCCGGUCUCAUCAGGGACUGCGGAUGGGAAAAAUGACACUCACUCCAAUUUCAUCAAUAUUUCAAAAUCUCAAAGCGGGUCUACAGCAGUGAUUUCUCUCCUGUCUCUGAGUAGUUCUAACAGUGACGAGGACGAGGACAACCCUAACUCUCAGUGCCACCAGCAGCCCACCCUCCCGUCUCCACCACGGCUCAGACACAAGGACCAGAACCUGGACCUGUCCGAUGGUGACUACGCCAGCGAUGCCCCCAGCGAGGCUGGGCAUAGCCUGCCCUCCAGACCUUGUCCCACCCAUGGACUCACUCUCCACCACCACCAACACCCAUCUAGCUCCUGCUCCAGCAGUGACAGUGACACAGAGCUCCGGGAUAUAAACUGGCACAAGACAGGACCACGUCCAUUAUACCUACAGUCUGCAAGGAAAACAAGCAUAGAGAGAGCCCUGCCACUGGGGAGCAGCAGCAGGGGAACAGACAUAAAGUUAAAACGUCCCUCCUCUGCAGAGCUCAAACCCAGCAUGGUCCCUAAAGUAACAUCUAUAACUAAAGAGACCGUGAAGAGCAGACAUCACCAGGGGUCCAAGCGGGGUGAGUGUACUGUUUAUUUUGGCUAGACUCACUAUGUAAUUGAACUACUAUUAUGAAGUAUACAGACAUGUAUCAUGUAAUGAUGUAUACUAGUUUACAUGCUACAUGACAUGUUAUUCUUUGAAGAGGUCUUCUGUCUACUAACAGUCACUUUAACCGCCUUCAAGCAAAUCAAACCGUGUCAAAGCCACACAGCGGUACUCUUUUUGGAAUAAAAGCAGAAGAGAAUCAUGAUUUGCUGGACAAAAUGAAAGCGGAACAAGAGAGAGCAAUGGACCUCCUCAGGUAAAAUGUUUGGUUAGUUUUGAUAAUGUGAUUCCCUGGAAAAUGUGUCUGUGCCAUAUCUGAUUAUGAUGACGUGGUGGAGAAAUUAAACACAAACUAUGUAAAAACCACUGAAGAUACAUGAUCCACGAGAUUAUAAAGAAUUUGAGCACUUCCUGAAUUGCAAUAUCAGAAACCUAGCAUGUUCUGCAUCAGAAUUAUUUUUUUUUUCUUUAAUUUCCACUGAAAUGUCGGUUUUACACAGAAAGAGAAUGGACCAAAUAGAGUGCUGUGACAGAGAUGGCCACCACAGCAGUUAUGGUUCCCCACUCACCCAUACAGAAGGCCAGGUGUUGAAGGAUAAGCCGUUGCCUCCUAAACUAGACGUUGGUGAUGGUCAGGUAAAGUCAUUAUGUAUCUAGUCUUUAUAGCCCUUAGUAAAACAAAUCUGUCCAUCAGAAUCUCAUAAAGCCUUGAGGCCUAAAACAACCUACUGUAUGUCACCCAACUGGUAUCGAUAUAACGUCAUUUGUGAGUGAGUAAUGAAUCUCCGUGAGGUACACAUACUGUAAGUCAUGACGCAUCAUAGGAGUCAGGUGCGUUCUGUCUCAGCGCCUAUCAGUUUCAUACUGACUAACAUUACCAUGGAACAGUGUUACCCUUUUAUGGCUGAAUCAAACACAUCCCCUUUGCUUGUCCUGUUCUUAUGAUACCGAUGAAGGAUCUUCAUUUGAUCACUUUUGUUGCUGAGAAUUUUCCGGCGCCGCAGGAAAUGCAGAUGAGCUUCGUGAUUUACAUAAAUUCACUAAAAACCCACUCUAAUACACGGUUAUAUUAACAGUAUUGCACUUUUCAUGUAGCCUACUUUUGUCCAGCUAGUAGCCUAACCACCGAUCAAGCAACAUUAUGGACUAAACGUUAAAAUCCUGUUGCUGCAGGAUUAUUUUGCUACAACAAUAAUGGUCAAGUUAAGAUCCCACAUCUGUAACAGUUUAUAAUGUACCAGAAACUUCCCUACGGCUUUAUAAACAAACACCCACUCAUCCAAACUGUGAACCCGAGUCAAAUAUCCACCGUAUUGGUUGGUUUGUCUCACUCUCAUCCAGGGUGUGUGUGUGUUCAUGCGUGGGUGUCUUCAUGUCUGUAUAUACAUGUAUGUGUGUGUGUUUGUAUCUGUGUUUGUAUGUGUGUGUGUGUGUUUGUGUGUAUGUGUGUGUGUUUGUAUCUGUGUUUGUAUGUGUGUGUGUGUGUGUGUGUGUGUGUGUGUGUGUGUGUGUGUGUGUGUGUGUGAACUCAGGAUCUCAGGCAGCAGAUUCUAGCUCUUCAGGAGCAGUUCUCUAAGAGGGAGUCCCACUGGUCCCAGGCUCAUCAUCUUCUUCAGAACCAGGUGGAAGCCCUGACCAGAGAGAACGUGGAGCUGCGUGACAAGCUCAGUGCUCCUGAACACUGCCACCAAGUGGCAGGGAGGAGUCCUGACACAAUCACUGCAUCUCACAUAGGGGCAGAGAGCACUGUAAGAAGACAUACCGUACCUGAGUAAUAACCCAUGAGUAACCCAUGAACCCUGAGUAAUAAUCCAUUACUAACCCAUUCCAUACUUUAAGUCAGUUAAUACAAUAACUUGUAACACUUCUCUUAUCUACUAAUGACGUCAACACUUUCUGACCUCAUCAGUGUUCUGUGUCCAAAUAAUUUUUUCAUUGAUUGUAUCAGUCAUCAGUGGUAUCAAGGCAUCAGUAGCGCUCAUUAUCUAUCAGUAUAUAAUCCAUAUUCCCAGGUAUCUGAGGAUAUUCAUAGAACUACCAGUCAGAGGAUAAGGGAGAGGAGAUCUUCAAGUUGUUCCAGUCACAAUGGAAACCCAGCCAGAAGGUCAACAGUUGACAGUUUUCCAGCUGCAAAGUCCAAGGUGCGGUUACUCUAUACAGUAUAGCUACAUACCAUAUGAAAGCCAUGAGGCUCGCAUUAUUAUCCUAACAGGAAAUAGCUUUUUGGCUGUAUUUCUAAGAGAUUUAACUGUAUAUUUGGGCAGAAAUCCUUUGAAAAGUUUACAGAAACCAACCAACAGCUCCCCUCUGUGGUUAUAAUAUUCCAUUGAUCAAACAGAGCUGGUUUACUUCCUGCUCAACUGAUCUAAGAUCAGCCCUUUCUACCUCACUCAUUCCUAACUAGGGUUGCAAAAUUCUGGGAACUUUCAAUAAAUGUCCUUGUUUUCCAAAAAUCCUGGUUGGAGGAUUCCAGAUUUCGUCCAACCGGGAUUUCGGGGAAAACCAAGGGAUUUAUUGAAAGUUCACAGAAUUUUGCAACACUAGUCCUAACCUUUUCCAUUAUGAAAGAACAGUUCACAACAUACCCUGAAGUAACUACACUAAUACAGUAGAUAGAGGGGCAUCAACCAGAAUAGUGGAUGUUAUAAUAUGUCUAUAAUAUCGAUAUUUGUUCCUCAGAUUCCUGAACAAAGAAAAUUGUCACAUAUGGUUUCUGACCCAGCUCCUUCAGUUGUCCACAGCAGAAGUGCCACUCCUGCAUUCAACACACCACCUGUCCAGAAGAGAGCAGCUUACAGUAAAGUGGACACAGUCAGUAUGCAUCUUAUAUCAGUCUGGUAAACAAUCACGUAAUGCAUUCUGUUUAAAACAAACAUAGAAACCUGAAGGCCAUUGAUUUGUGUACAGUACUGUAUUUUACAUGUGAUUCAGAUCAACCUGACAUUGUAUUUUCAGCUCACUGCACCAUUUACCAUUUUAGAGGUAAAUGUUGUAUUUUAUUUCAAGGUUUGUCUGAGAUAGACAUCUCUGUCUGACUGCAGUCAACUUGUUAUGCUAAUUUAAUUAGUAUCAAGUUAUUCAAGUAUUAAAUGGUCUGAAGUGGUCUUUAAGCACACCACUAAUAAUUUAUAGCGAUUUACAAUGGGCCAUGUCAGAUUAGUGACUCUGCCCAUUAUUCAUUAUUUAUACUGUGUAAUGAAUAUACUCAUUGCCAAUUCUUAGAAACUUAAGUGUUAAAACCUGAUUUUACUUUUCAAUAGUUUUUCCUUCUUCAUAAUGUAUGAACACUUUUGAACCAAGGUUCAAUAAUAGAUGGAGCAAGCACAGUUAAAAUGCAAUUUCAUCCAAACUGGACAAAAGGUUGUCUUUAAAACGGCAUGUGACGCUUUCAUAGGUCAUCAAAGCCAGCUAAACAUAUUGUAUAUUGCAAACGAAAAUGUACAGUAGCCUAAAGUCCCUUAUUAACAAUUUAGACUAACGGAUGUUCUUUGUAUCUCUUCCUCAUUAGAAGCAUCAAAUAAGAGGUCUACUGUUUAUAAUUAUCAUGUGACUUGAUUCUUUCUUUAGCCUUAUCACAACUAUCACACCAAUGCUCAAGGCACUAGGUAUUGGGGACCUGCCUCAUUAAGUAAGUACUCUAGUCUGUUCUGUGCUUACUAUACAUUCAAUCAAUUGAUUUGGUAAUUAUGUUAAUUUAAUUCACAACAGAGGGCCUUUCAUCAAAUUCAGGCAGUUCUGAGGACACCCAUCACACAAAUGACUACCUGUUAAAACAGCGUGAGAGCAAUAGAGAUCAGGUACUAAUCUAUGUCUGUAACAUGGUACUCAGACAGCAUCAGUCGAUUGUAACACAAUGCUACAUGUAACAAACAACCACUAUGAAAUAGCCCACUAAUUCUCGCUGUCCUCAGGGUUUGGGUCGGUCAGUGGAAAAGGAGAUGAAAGGUCAACAGAGCAGGAGCGCCACUCCAUCAGUCAGCAAAUACUCCUGCUCAGAGUCAGAACACAUGGUAAUGAAGUGAAACCUUCGUUUAUCCGGCCUCUUAGCCUAGCAGAGGUUCUGAUGUAUAUAGUAAUAAUUCAACUAAUGUUACUGAAAUAACCCAUUCUACAUAGAUAGAUUGUUAACUUGCUCACUUCAAACAUUUUACAUUUAAGUCAUUUAGCAGACGCUCUUAUCCAGAGCGACUUACAGGAGCAAUUGGGGUUAAGCGCCUUGCUCAAAGGCACAUUUACAUAUUUUUCACCAACUGUAGUCGGCUCUGGGAUUUCGACCCAGCAACCUUUCGGUUACUGUCCCAAGGCUCUUAACCGCUAGGCUGUCUGUUUGAAUGGCUGUGUUUCUGAGAUACUGUAGUUCCUUGCCAAGGUCUUGGACCAUCUUUGACAGCUUUAGCAAUCCCUUUAAUUACAGGAACCACGUUGUAAUCCAGCAGCGAUGAGUGGUAACUCCCCCCACACAACACACAAGGGCAUAAACAAUGACGUGUGUGAAGAAAUACACUAUCCAGAUGGUAAGGUAGGAAAAUUCCCCUAUGUUGUUAUUUCUUUGAACAAGUACUUGUAUGAAGUAUAUCAUUUUCUGCCUUUUCAUUGAAGUUUCAUUUCAGCAAUUCCGAAGUAGCCCACUCACAGAGUUACCACUCAUUGUGAAAUAGUAAUAACGCACCAAGAUGCCAUGAUAUUGCUCUGAUACACAGAUAGAACAACUUCUCUCCAAUGGCUGGCGUGUAUUUACAUUCCGCAAUGGAACUAGAAAAGAGAUCACUGCUGACCAGAAGUCAGUAACUGUCACAUUCUUCAAUGGAGAUGUCAAACACAUUCUGGCGGAUGGAAAAGUGGUGAGUCCUAUGUCGUAUUGGGGACUAUGCCAGUAUUUAAACUCUAACUAAUGCCUUAAAGCUGGAAUCCUUAAUUGGUGAAACAACAAAGAAAUUACUGCAAACAACAACUAAAAAAUCCCCUCGGACAUCAUUGCACACGUGAUAGAACAGCAGAAUAUGUCAUGCAUUGUUUUUUACCACGCUGCCGGAUGCUCCUCUUCUCCAUUUCAUCAACAAAAUAAAACCAAUAACAAAGGCGCCGGUGGGGGGGCGAACAGUGGCGCUGUUUCCCCAAAUGCGGAUUCGCUCUUUAAAGAGAUGUGCAUUUUCAUAACUCUAUUUUUUAUAACUCCAUUGUUUCUCUUUGAUAGGUGUACUACUAUGCUGAUGCACAUACAACUCACACCACAUACCCAACUGGUUUGGAGGUCCUGCAAUUUCCAAACAAGCAGAUGGGUAAUAUUUUGAAGAAAGCUCUAAUCUGAUAUACACUACAUGGCCAAAUGUAUGUGGACAACCCUUCAAAUUAGUGGAUUUGGCUAUUUCAGCCACACCUGUUGCUGACUGGUGUAUAAAUUCUAGCACACAACCAUGCAAUCUCCAUAGACAAACAUUGGCAGUAGAAUGGCCCCUACUGAAGAGCUCAGUGACUUUCAACGUGGCACCGUCAUAGGAUGCCACCUUUCCAACAAGUCAGUUCGUCAAAUUUCUGCCCUGCUAGAGCUGCCCAGUUGGCUCUGCGGUGAAGUGGUAGGCCACACAAGUUCACAGAACAGGACCGCCGAAUGCUGAAAAUCCUCUGCCUCUGGAAGCAACGUCAGCACAAGAACUGUUCGCCGGGAGCUUCAUGAAAUGGGUUUCCAUGGCAGAGCAGCUGCACACAAGCCUAAAAUUACCGUGCGCAAUGCCAAGCGUCGGCUGGAAUGGUGUAAAGCUCGCCACCAUUGGACUCUGGAGCAGUGGAAACAGGUUCUCUGGAGUGAUGAAUCACGCUUCACCAUCUGGCAGUCUGACGUACAAAUCUGGGUUUGGCGGAUGCCAGGAGAACGCUACCUGUCAGAAUGCAUAGUGCCAACUGUAAAGUUUGGUGGAGGAGGAAUAAUGGUGGGGCUGUUUUUCAUGGUUCGGGCUAGGGCCCUUAGUCCCACUGAAGGGAAAUCUUAACGUUGCAGCAUACAAUGACAUUGUAGACGAUUCUGUGCUUCCAACUUUGUGGCAACAGUUUGGGGAAGGCCCUUUCCUGUUCCAGCAUGACAAUGCCCCCGUGCACAAAGCAAGGUCCAUACAGAAAUGGUUUGUCGAGAUCGGUGUGGAAGAACUUGACUGGCCUCAACUCCAUUGAACACCUUUGGGAGGAAUUGGAAUGCCGACUGCCAGCCAGGCCUAAUCGCCCAACAUCAGUGCCCGACCUCACUAAUGCUCUUGUGGCUGAAUGGAAGUAAGUCCCUGCAACAAUGUUCCAACAUCUAGUGGAAAGCCUUCCCAGAAGAGUGGAGGCUGUUAUAGCAGCAAAGGGGGGACCAACUCCAUAUUAAUGCCCUUGAUUUUGGAAUGAGAUGUUCAAUGAGCAGGUGUCCACAUACAUUUGUGUAUAUUUUCAGGGUGACCAGGCAUAGACACAAAUAACAAAAAAUGUAUUAAUGUUGUCUGUAGAGAAACACCACCCUGAUGGAAAGAGGGAGAUCGUUUUCCCAGAUCAGACGAUAAAGUACCUCUAUCCUGGCGGCAGAGAGGAGAGCAUCUUCCCAGAUGGAACAGUUGUCAAGCUCUCAGAGUAAGAUACACAUACAGUACUUGCCUCUAUUUUAUGUAGGGUAAAAAUCUUAACAACUGCUGCAUUUUUAUAUUUUGUGUGUGUGUAUGUUUGUGUGUGUGUGUAUGUGCGUGUGUGUGUGUGUGUGUGUUUGUGUGUGUGUGUGUGUGUGUGUGUGUGUGUGUGUUUGUGUGUGUGUGUGUGUGUGUGUGUGUGUGUGUGUGUAUGUGCGUGUGUGUGUGUGUGUGUGUGUGUGUGCGUGUGUGCGUGCUGAAUCUGUAGAAGUGGGGAGAAAACAGUGGAGUUCAACAAUGGCCAAAGAGAGAUCCAUACGUCCCAGUACAAGCGGAGGGAAUACCCUGAUGGAACAGUGAAGACAGUUUAUUCCAAUGGAAGGCAAGAGACCAAGUUCCCCUCGGGCAGAGUACGCAUUAAGGACAAGGAUGGCAUUAUCAUCAUAGAUAAGAAAUGA